AUGGGACGUGUUAAGCUUCCAAUAUCAAGAAUUGUAAAUAACACAAAUAGACAAGUAACAUUUUCCAAACGUAGGAAUGGAAUCCUUAAAAAGGCUUAUGAACUUGCUGUUUUAUGUGACAUUGACAUAGCCCUUUUCAUGGUAUCUCCUUCUGGCCGCAUUAGCUACUUCUCAGGCACCAAAAGAAUUGAAGACGUAAUGUUACAAUAUUUCAAUCUGAAGGAUGAGGAAAGAGAAUCGGAUCAUGAUUCAGAAGGCAUUGUUCACGAUAAAGAGUUGGGAUGGUAUUGUUUGAUAAUUCUGAUGUCAGUACUGUCUUGGAUCAGCUCUGAAGUUCUAAGCGCACAAUCACAGGAAUAUAAACAAGAAAUUAUGAACUUGCAGCAUCAACUUGAAAUAGCCAAGGAACAGCUAAGAUUACUGGAACCAGACCCACAAAAAUUUACAUCGUUAGGCGAAAUUGAGUCAUCUGAAGAGCGCCUUUCAGAAGCAUUGAACCUUGUAGAGAAAAGGAAGAGGCAUUUAUUGACCGACCACUCUUCAAGUUAUCAAGAAACUGUUGAGCAAAUAAACUCAGUGGUUCAGUAUAUAAUCAAUGCACAAGUAGAGGGAAACAGAUCUCUUGAGAACUCGGAAUUUAGUUCUUGGCUUGAUCAGCAUGGCCAUAAAACAGACGCCAAUGGUUCAAAUUGUGUGUCUGUUGGACCUGAUGAGAAUGGGAUUUCGAGUACCAGUGCCAUCUCCAUGACACCACCAUCUCAGCAUUCUAAAUUUGCAUCAACUUGUCAACCGCUGCGUAGUGAAGAAGCUGCAAAUUACGAAACUAUGGAAUGA